AUGAACACUGGUCAGCAGCGGCUAAAACGUUGGUGUGUUACCAGCGCUGCUUUGCAAUAUCGUACCAACGUAGGCUCCCUGCUCCUCAUACAUAACCUGAUUCAUCAACUAGAGAGCCAAGGAGUGACCAGCAAGGCUCACUCACCCUUCAACAGCCUUUCAUGGCCAGUGAGGAAGCCUGAUGAAAAUCGGAGGUUAACUGUGAACUAUCAUGGCAUGAAUGAAGUUACGCCACUGAUGAGUAGUGCCCUGAUGGACAUGCUGGAACUUCCAUAUGAACUGGAAGCAUCGGAGUACAGGCCCCCGUUUGCUUUCACCUGGAGCGGCACCCAGCACACCUGUAAUCUGCUUCCUCAGAGGUGGAAGCACAACCCAACUAUCUGUGAUGGACUCAUCCAGACUUCACUGGAGAAAGGUGGAGCUCCAGACCACCUGCAGUACAUCAACGACACUACUGUAUGGGGUAAUACAGCAGAGGAAGUCUUUGGGAAAGGUAGGAAAGCUUUGAGAAUAAAAGGAGCAUUGACAAAACGUCAAGCAAAAGUUAUGGUUAGGUUUUCAGUCAAGACUCUGAUUGACCGUUCCUGUUUUGAGACUGUAGAUGAUAAUUCCCCUGAAUUUAAUAAUUUUGCAGCCAUUCUGGAACAGAUUCUAAGUCAUCGACUGAAAGGUCAGGUUACCUGGUUUGGCUAUGAAAGCCCUCGUAGUUUCUGGGACUACAUUCGAGUAGCUUGCCGAAAAGUCUCUCACAAUUGCAUCUGCAGUAUUGAGAACAUGGAGAACGUCGCUUCUUCUAGAGCUAAGGGUCGAGCCUGGAUCAGAGUAGCACUUAUGGAAAAGCAUUUAUCUGAAUAUAUUUCCACAGCUCUGAGAGACUUCAAAACAACCAGGAGAUUUUAUGAAGAUGGAGCAGUUGUUCUUGGUGAAGAAGCAAAUAUGCUUGCUGGUAUGCUGUUGGGACUCAAUGCAAUUGAUUUCAGUUUUUGUCUGAAGGGUGAGAGAUUGGAUGGCAGCUAUCCAGCUGUCAUAGAUUAUACACCAUACUUGAAGUUCAUCCCGAGUUCUGACAGUAUCAGCAGUGAUGAAGAAGAGCUAAGAACGCUGGGCAGUAGUGGCAGUGAAGGCAGCACUCCAGAGAAUAUUGGUCCUCCUUUCAUCACAGAUGAAAACAGUUGGUACAACAAAUGCAAAAGGGUAGAGCAGAAGUACCGGCUUGCAUUGGAACAGAAGGGUUACCUUGAAGAAUUGGUACAACUCAGAGAAAACCAGCUAUCUGAAUCUCUCUCACAGAAUAAACUGCUGUUACAAAGAAUUGAAGAUAUGGAUCUAGCCCAUAAAAUGGAGAAGGAACAGUUGGAAUAUAUAAUUGUGGAACUGCAAGACCAGUUGACUGUGUUAAAGAAUAAUGACUUGAGAUCAAGACAAGAACUAACUACUCACCUCACCAAUCAGUGGCCUUCCCCAGGAGCUCUGGAUGUCAAUGCUGUUGCCUUGGACACUCUGCUCUAUAGAAAGCACAAUCAACAGUGGGAUGAGAAAAGUUUUCAAAGUCUGGACCAACUUUCAGCUGAAGUUAGUCUUUCUCAGUCCUCUCUGGAUCCAGGUCACUCACAGGAUGGGAAGCAGGAUGGAACGAACUUGUUAAAUGAAGGGAAGGAAGACACGCCAUCGUUGCUUGGUCUUUGUGGCUCCCUUACUUCAGUAGCAAGCUACAAAUCUCUCACAAGUUUGAAAUCAAGUGAAUGUCUUGCAAGUCCCACGACAGAGAUGACAAGUCCAGGCUUAACACCAUCUUGAGAAAGACACAAGAAGGAAGAACUUGGUGUUAUAUGCACUUGGUUUGUUUUGCAUAAAGUGACUUUCACUGAAGACUGCUAGUUCUAAGUUCAAAAUAGCUGAUUUAUUUUUUCUUUACAUGGUUACCUGUUUAAUUCACAAGUUCUGUCAGUUUUCCUUCAAACCUCUUUUUACCCAGAGGACUUCUCAGAUUUCAUAUUUUAUUCUUGAAUUAUUUAAAGCUCUUGAUCAGGUACAGGAUAUAUAAUCUUAUGCUUAUGGCUGAUUUUUAGUAUGAAACAAUUGGAAAUCAGUCCCCUACUUAACUGCC